GGGCCUCGGCGGGCCGAUCCGCCGCCGCUGCCCGCGGUCUGAGGAACCUGAGGCGCGGGUUGGGACCCGCGAGGAGCCGGGAGGGCGGGCGCGGCGGAGCGGUCGCGCGGGCUCGGCCGCCGCCCCGUGGUCUCUGCCCUCGCAGGUGCCGUCCCUCUCCGCCGGGACGAGGGAGAGCCCGGCGCGCGGCGGGGGCGCGAGGCGGGGCGGCCGGGGGCGGCCGAUGCGAAACUGGCUGGUGCUGCUGGGCCCGUGUGUGCUCGGGGCCGCGCUGCACCUCUGGCUGCGGCUGCGCGCCCCGCCGCCCGCCCGCGCCUCCGGGGUCGGUCCCGCAGAUCAUUUGGCCUUAUUUCCUCCGUGGCAGUCUAGUGACUAUGAUGUGGUAGUUGGCGUGUUGUCAGCUCGCAAUAACCAUGAACUUCGAAAUGUGAUAAGAAGCACCUGGCUGAAGCAUUUGAUACAACGUCCAGCAUUAAGUCAACGUGUGCUUGUGAAGUUCAUAAUAGGUGCUCAUGGCUGUGAAGUGCCUGUGGAAGACAGGGAGGAUCCUUACUCCUGCAAACUACUCAACAUCACGAAUCCAGUUCUGAAUCAGGAAAUUGAAGCGUUCAGUCUUUCUGAAGACACUUCAUCAGGGCUCUCAGAGGACCGAGUUGUCAGUGUGAGCUUCCGAGUUCUGUACCCAAUUGUUAUUACCAGUCUGGGGGUGUUCUCUGAUGCCAGUGAUAUGGGUUUCCAGAGGAACAUCACUGUCAAGCUUUAUCAGGCAGAACAGGAGGAGGCCCUUUUCGUCGCUCGCUUUAGUCCUCCCAGCUGUGGUGUGCAGGUGAACAAGCUCUGGUACAAGCCUGUGGAACAGUUCAUCUUGCCAGAGAGCUUUGAAGGUACAAUCGUGUGGGAGAGCCAAGACCUCCACGGCCUUGUGUCAAGAAAUCUUCACAGAGUGACAGUGAAUGACGGAGGGGGAGUUCUCAGAGUCAUUACAGCCGGGGACGGGGCAUUGCCUCACGAAUUCAUGGAAGGUGUGGAGGGAGUUGCAGGUGGUUUUAUUUAUACUAUUCAGGAAGGUGAUACUCUCUUACACAACCUUCAUUCUCGCCCUCGAAGACUUGUUGAUCACAUCAGUAAUCUCCGUGAGGAAGAUGCCCUCCUGAGGGAGGAAAGCAGCAUCUACGGCGACAUUGUCUUUGUGGAUGUGGUUGACACUUACCGAAAUGUUCCUGCAAAACUAUUGAACUUCUAUAGAUGGACUGUGGAAACAACCAGCUUCAACUUGUUGCUGAAGACAGAUGACGACUGUUACAUAGACUUAGAAGCUGUGUUUAAUAGAAUUGCCCAAAAGAAUCUGGAUGGGCCUAAUUUUUGGUGGGGGAAUUUCAGAUUGAAUUGGGCUGUUGACCGAACUGGAAAGUGGCAGGAGUUGGAGUACCCGAGUCCUGCUUACCCUGCCUUUGCAUGUGGGUCAGGGUAUGUGAUCUCCAGGGACAUUGUCAGCUGGCUGGCAAGCAACUCGGGGAGAUUAAAGACGUAUCAGGGUGAAGAUGUAAGCAUGGGCAUUUGGAUGGCAGCCAUAGGACCUAGAAGAUACCAGGACAGCCUGUGGCUGUGUGAGAAGACUUGUGAGACAGGGAUGUUGUCCUCCCCUCAGUAUUCUCCACAGGAGCUGACGGAACUGUGGAGACUGAAGGAAACGUGCGGUGACCCCUGUCAGUGUGAAGCAAGGUGACAGGAAUUUGAAUGAGCAGCGUUGAAAGAUCAGGGGAGGCAAACGAUAAUGUGAGCGGAAGUCUGAGGAAAGCCCCAGGCUUGGCAAGAGAUUGUACGGACUUUCAGGAGAGUUCUAGGCUGGUACUUUCACCUGGAAUCAUUGUGGUGUUUCUUACUGUUUGCACAAGUUUCCUAAGUCAGCUGAUACUAUAGCAUAAGAGAAGCUGUCAUUUACAUGUUAGAAGAUGAUUUGAAAAAUACCAAAUUGUUUUGUAAAAGGAAAAACUAUUUCUAAAUCCUGAUGAAUCAUUAUUAGUAAUUGAUCAUUACCUAUCAUUUUUGGUUAAAACUUGGCAUAGUUUGGAAAUCUUUAGUAACAGAGUUUGAAUUUCAACCUGGAUUGCAGAAGAGCUCUGUAUGGUUUAAUUGGGAUAAUCACAGGCCAAAAAGAACUCUCAGAAAUGCUGUAUGAUCAUGUGAGCUCUUGUAUGAACGCUGGUAACUUAUACCAAAGUUUGGGAUUUCUGGAAAUAAUGCCAGACUCUGUGGGUCUCUGAAUGGAGUGUGCAACUUGAAUUUGAAAAGGAACCACUAUUAUUUUGUUCUAGACCUUGGUUUUAAAGAAGUUCUUUUGUCAUUUAACAUUAAUCCUGAAGGCCACAGUUUAGUACUAUUUUUAAAAACACGAUUUUUGUGAAUAUGAAUACAAGCAAAUACCUCUCAGGCUUCAGCGCCACACAGAAGGGGUCUUGAAAUUGUUGACCCUUUGAAAGAAUUGGUUUUGCUUCCUCGAUCCCUGCCUAAUGUUUACCUAAUACAAGUAAAUUUCAGUCAGAGCUGGGAAUCUUCUGUUUAGAAGAUAUGCUCAGUUUAGGUGUAACUUUAGGGAAAAGCAUGCGAUUUAAUUUUUUAAGCACUCAAAAUAGCGCGACUGAGAAGCGACAGAUAAUGGCAUACGUUAUUACAUAGUGGAGGGUGUCUUCCUUCUAAGUUUAAGGGACGUUUCCCAAAAUGAGCAACCAAAUCAUUCUGGUAACCUUUUAAAAUAGUAUCAAUAGAGAAUGCCAUUAAAACUAGUCUUAGGACAGACAUUAACUGUGUUCAGAUUUUAUUAGACUAGCUAGUUUCUAUUUAAUAUUUAAAUCUUCCCAUAAUUAAAUGCAGUGAUGAACUGUAAAAAUAAAUAUGAAGUAAGAUCAGAAAAUCAUUAGUAGGUUCAGAGCCUUUAUUGUUGCUAUUAUAUACAAGUCUAGAAAUGGUUUCUUCCCACUGAAAAACACAUCCUUUAUGAAGGCAAGUUGUAAAACCUCCUUUUCUGACAGUAGGAUUGUUUCAGUCAGUUAUUUCCGGUGACCCCCAAUCAUGAUAAACAGUCUAUCUAAAUUUUAUUGGUUGUUACCAUCGCACCAAUAGACAAUCUCCGUUUUCCACAGAAUAAAACUGUAAUGAGUGUAGGUCAUUUUCUAGUUCAAUUUCUCUGCCUGGCAUCUAAAAUUAGAACAAAGAGGGUGGGGGUGAGAUUCAGACAGACCUGACAAAGCAUGUCAUACAUACUCCCCCACCCCUGCCCCAAACAGCAGGUCACCCUUGCAGUCCAGCAGAUGUAUGGUCUCCAUUUAGAAUCAAGCAGUGUUCUGUGGGGCACUGAGCUUGACCUUUUAUUUUGCUGGGCAACUUACUUUGGGACUUUCAUAGGACAAGAGAAGGUCUGACGCAGGAACUUUGAGAAGACGUGACAGCAGUCCCUUCACCUUUUGAAUUGUCAUGGAGUCUAUCCAAAAAAAAGAAACAGCAGUUCUCUCAAAUGACAGGUACCUGUAAACGGGCUCACAUGCCCACAACUGCAUCUGUCGGUCCUCAUGAGCAAUUUGCCCAAGCACGUGACUAGCAAGAGGCUUCAGUCUUUCCACCACUUCCUGAGCUGCUUGGGAAACUGAGAAACAAGGCUGGUGUCUGACUAAGUGCCCGUUGACAAUGAGCUUUCAUACUAGCUCAGUAGCGUCUCAUGUUCCUUCCUUAAUCUCAGUAAACCCUAAAGAUAGUCUCAGCACAGAAGAAUAAAUAGGAGUGAAAUCAUUAAGUUUUCCUUUUAAACCUGUGUGAUUACUUCCUUCUGAGUUACUGAAAAAACACCAGAGUAGGGCUCGGGCCCCCGAGCAUGUCUCAGCCUCUCUGGCCCUAGUUCCUUCCUCUGUACAAUGAAAGUGUAGACUAAGUGACCUAUAAGGUCCCUUCCAGCGCCACCAUUCUGUAGUUAAACACACACAUACAAGUGACCGCCAGGCAUGGGAAUGUAACAUAAAAUAAAUGCUUUGGUUUGUUCAGAAAACACUAUGAACUUCUUUCCAAAGAUGGGUUGUGCUAAAUAUUGGAUAUUUUGAUUAUGAGAAAUAUAGUUUCUUUGAAGCUUUAGCUGGGGGUACAGCAAUAGUGUGGUGUUCCUACAAAUAUCACAAUGUAUUCAAAUAUUUUUCUAUCGAAUAAUUUUUGUAACAGCUGUGUGUUUUUAUGCAACUUGUGAUAAUAAAUGUUAUCUUUAUUUUAGAAUAAAAA